GGUUGAAGACUUCUUGUUCAGACGGUUGGAUACACGGCGGGCCGCGGGGCUGUUUCUUUAGGCCCAGCAUGGCCUGCUACUUUGGGGCGUGAGAGCCCAUAAUGCUACAGUGACGGGCCGUGCCGGCCCAUCCCGGCCUUUUGCCGUGCUGUGCCACGGGCCAAAAUGGGCGGCCGGCCCAAUGGACACCUCUAUACUGAACUCCCCGGGUUUGUUUGCAGCACAAUCCCAUUUUCAGGGUUUGCUUUACACAACCAUUCAAUCAGUCAGUCAUUCCUUCUCCAAACGCUGCGUUUUGGUCGAUCUCUCUGGUCAAGGUACUGUUUCAAUCUCGAUUCCCAGUUCAAUCAUUCAUUCUUCAAACGCUGCGUUUUGGUCGAUCUCUCUGCUCAAGGUGGUGAUGGACAUUCAACUUGUAUCUUUUAAUCGGAGCAACUUUUUGACUAAAUUGUGGCAGAGUCAUCAGUUUCGAGUAAUUGGUACUCCCCAAAACAUAUAUCGUGGUUCUUGUUAUUUACGAGAAGGAUCAACUCAUAGAAGUAUAAGUUGUUCAAUGAAGUCUUAUCGACUAUCAGAGCUCUCUCAGGCUGAAGUCAACAGCCUCAAGGCUCGUCCUCGUAUUGAUUUCUCUUCCAUUUUCAAUGUGGUUCACCCCAUUGUUGAUGAUGUACGCAGUAGAGGUGAUGCUGCUGUUAAAGAUUAUACUACACGUUUUGACAAAGUUGAACUAGAUAGAUUAAUUGAAAAUGUUGCUGAACUUCCAGAUCCAGAGCUUGAUGCAGGUAUAAAAGAAGCAUUUGAUGUGGCAUAUGAUAACAUUUUUGCAUUUCAUGCUGCUCAAAAGUCAGCUGAAAAAAUUGUUGAGAACAUGAAAGGUGUUAAAUGCAAACGGGUUGCAAGGAGCAUUGCUUCUGUUGGUCUUUAUGUUCCAGGAGGAACUGCAGUGUUACCUUCAACAGCUCUGAUGCUUUCAGUUCCUGCACAGAUUGCUGGGUGUAAGACUGUUGUCCUUGCAACUCCCCCUAGUCAAGAUGGCGGCAUCUGCAAGGAGGUACUCUAUUGUGCCAAGAAAGCUGGUGUGACUCAUAUCCUCAAAGCUGGAGGGGCACAGGCCAUUGCUGCCAUGGCAUGGGGGACAACAUCAUGCCCUAAGGUGGAAAAGAUUUUUGGCCCUGGAAAUCAGUAUGUCACGGCUGCAAAAAUGAUUCUCCAAAAUAGUGAAGCUAUGGUUUCAAUUGAUAUGCCUGCGGGUCCAUCAGAAGUUCUAGUCAUUGCCGACAAACAUGCUAAUCCUGUUCAUAUUGCUGCAGAUUUGUUGUCCCAGGCUGAGCAUGGCCCUGAUAGUCAGGUUGUUCUUGUAAUUGCUGGGGAUGGCGUGGACCUAAGGGCUAUUGAGGAGGAAAUCAGCAAGCAGUGCCAAAGCCUUCCAAGAGGAGAGUUUGCUUCAAAAGCUUUGAGCCACAGUUUCACUGUGUUUGCUCGCAAUAUGGUUGAGGCUAUCUCCUUUUCAAACUUAUAUGCACCUGAGCAUCUGAUAAUUAAUGUGAAAGAUGCUGAGAAGUGGGAGAAUUUCAUUGAGAAUGCAGGUUCUGUGUUUUUAGGGCAGUGGACACCGGAAAGUGUGGGGGAUUAUGCAAGUGGAACAAACCAUGUCCUUCCAACAUAUGGCUAUGCACGGAUGUAUGGCGGGUUGUCUCUCGACUCCUUCUUGAAGUAUAUGACAGUACAGUCUUUGACAGAGGAAGGCCUGAGGAAGCUUGGCCCAUAUGUGGAAGCCAUGGCUGAAGUUGAAGGACUGGAAGCCCACAAGAGAGCUGUAACUCUAAGACUACAGGAUAUUGAAGCAAGGCAAGUGCCCAAUAUGAGAUGAUUGCCGCUGCAAAUUCUUGGUCUCGGGUUUUUAAGCAAAUUGUUGUUGUAGUGUAAAGUGUUCCAGAAGAUGGUGUGGUUUGGGGUCAGCAGUCUUUUUAAUAAUCCUUCAGAUGUGAGGAACAGAGGAAAUUCUGGGGCUAGAUACUGAAUGGUUUAAGUUGUUGAACUGAAUAGCAGUUGAAUUUUGAGUGUAUGGACUAGGAAGCAGUUCUCUCCCCAA